CAGCCGCUUUCAUCCACCUCGAGGGGCGGCCAUCUUGCCACUCGCUGUCGUCUAAAAAAAAAAAAAAAUGCCGUUCAUCACAAUACAUUUUGACCUCCAACAAAUAUAAUCGCCUUGAUUGUAUCAAAAAAGGAACAUCUUAAAAGCAUUUUUAUUCAUUUCACCAAAUAACUUGACUCAGAGCUAUCUUCUAAUCACGCCACAUUCGUAAAUAAAGCGAAAUGUUUAUUCCCCGUGAUCAAAACCGCUUGGUAUGUUUUGACAUUCGCUGUCCAUUUCAUGAAAUCAGGCACAGCCUGGGCAAACUCAGAAAAUGGGUGUUCAAGCGACGUCUUCUUUCCGUCCUCCAGUUUUGCGGCGGUUGUUUUUCUGAGCCGACAUUGACGAAUGAAGCCAAGUGAACCGUUAGCAUGGCGUUAGCAUGGCGUUAGCAUGGCGUUAGCCUUGAGCAUCGAAGGCCGCCCCGUGAAAUACGUCCUGCCUAAAUGACACGCGUCACUUAUUUCCACGACUGCGACGAACCCUCAAGAGACAACCGAAGCGGGCGCCGGAAUCAUUUCCAUCAUUCUUGGCUAAACGUUUGUUUUGAGCGCUUUUCAGUGCGCUAGCGAAUGAAUUGCUGAAAAGACUUCAGUGUUCCAUUUCACAAACGCACGCUGGUUUUCGGUCGCAUCGGCCACCGCGGCUCAAUCGCCCUUUGUGUGUGUGUCUUUGUGCGUCCAGAUGUGUGCGUGUGGAGGACGACGAGGAACAACGGCGCAUUGUGGACGGCCGCCCGAGUGGAAGAGUCCGUGCGGCUCGCGUGUUGAGUGGAAUGCAGCAGAAGAAGAAGACAUGUCGCCGCGCGCGGAUGGAAUCCUGGUCCUGGUCCUGAUUAUCAUGACGACCUCCAUGCGCCAAGGUAGCGCUCUCCGCUGCUACAAGUGCUCCGACUACACCGGCCGCUGCGAGAACGUCCACGAGUGCACGUACGAGGACGCCUGCCUCACGCUCAGCGUCCAAGGCGGCAAGACGGUGCGGCAGUGCAUCCGCUACACGGACUGCGACAACUCGCGUCUGUCCCAGAUGUUCCCCGCCAUGGCGCCCUUCUCCUACCGCUGCUGCAACAACAACCUGUGCAACUCCAGCGGUGCGCUGCGCCUGACCCCGCCCGCCCCGCUGCUGCUGAUUGGCUGGCUGCUGAGCGCCUUCGUUUUCGGCCUGUAAGGUCACGUGACCUCGGUCUGCUUUUCAUUAAAAACGAAAUCAAAAGUU